CUUGAGCACGAGACGUGGAGACAGAACAAGGGCAACAAGAAAAAGUACAGAUGGCUGCUACUAAGGAAUACGUGCUGGGAAAAAUUUUCAAGUAUCUCUGUGCGGAGGGCUUACAGAGCUCUGCAGAUACUUUGCUGAAGAAUGCCGCUGAUAGUGGUAUUACAAUCGACACCAAAGAGACAGGUGCAGAGCGUGUGGGAUUGGACAGAUUCUUCGACAACAAAGCCUUGAUUUCUGAAGAUGAGAAGCUAGCAAGUGCUGCAGAAAAGAAGGCAUCUGAAGAUAGCUCGGACUCAAGUGACGAUGACUCUUCUUCGUCUUCCUCUUCCUCUUCCUCUUCCUCUUCCUCUGAAAGUGAUGACAGUUCCGACAGUGAUUCUUCUGACUCAUCUGAUUCUUCUGACUCUUCCAGCAGUGACAGUGAUGGUGAUUCCGAUUCCGAUUCUGAUUCCGAUUCUGAUUCCGAUUCUGAUUCUGAUUCUGAUUCUGACUCGUCAUCGACCUCAAGCCCUGAAUUUAACGUUGAAGCAAAGGAGGAAAAAUCAGACAAAGAAGAGAAGACAACAGAACUUGCCAAAUCAAGCGACACUUCCUCAGAUUCUUCCUCAAGCUCUUCGGACAGUGACUCAAGUUCUUCAAGCAGCAACUCUAACUCUUCUGACUCCGACUCUGAUUCUGAUUCUGAAUCAAGCUCAAGCUCAGACUCCAGCUCAGAUUCCAGUUCCAAUUCCGACAGUGAUUCUGAUUCCGACUCUAGCUCCGACUCCGACUCUAGCUCUGACUCCGACUCUAGCUCCGACUCCGACUCUAGCUCCGACUCCGACUCUGACUCCGACUCUGACUCCGAUUCCGAUUCCGAUUCCGACUCCAAGAAUGUUAAGAAGAGAAAGCUAGAACAAGAAACUGAAGAAAAGACCAACAAAAAGGUGAAAGCAAGCGACACAGAAUCCGAAACGCUAAGCGAAGAAGUAUCCCCUGAUCCCGAGCAUAUUCCGGCAGCGGAGGAAGAACUGAGACCAGGGCAGAAGAAACACUUUUCCAGAGUUGACAGAUCAAAAGUCUCAUUCGAAGCGAAUGAGCUCACGGACAAUACAUAUCAAGGUGCUGCAGGAACAUGGGGUGAGAUUGCAAACCAGAAGCUGGGCGCAGUGAGAGGAAAGGACUUCACCAAAGGUAAAAACAAAAUGAAAAGAGGUUCCUACAGAGGUGGCUCCAUCACCAUGGCUGUUGGUAGUUACAAGUUCAAGGAUUGAUCGUCGGACGACAUGCGAGUCACCGGCAAACAUCAACACCUAAUCACACUUCUAUAGAUACUCAUGUAUAUCAUAUAACACACCAAACUCAUCUAAUACUAAUAAUCAAAACUGAAA